CCAACCACGCUGCAGCGGGGAAGCGAGAACGCCUGCUAAGAGACUGCUACGUGAGGCUCGAACGCCUCCAACACCACGAGGCGCUGCUUAGAUGCAACAUGACACCCGCCGCGCUCCACCAGUCACAAGCUAAGCACGCUGUGUCCGGACCCUCUGAUUCGCUACACGAAACGAACACUAAUAAAAAUAACCCAGAGAUGUACGCGUGUAACGAUUGUGAAAAAACGUUCCACCGAAAAUUUAACUUGAUACGCCAUAUUCAAAGUAACAUGUGUAAAACAGAGAGACCAUACGCUUGUGAUAUAUGCGGGAAAACAUUUAAACGAAAAAGCCAUUUGGAGACACAUAGUUUUACUCACACUAGCGCAAAACCAUACGCUUGUGAUGUAUGUGGGAAAAAAUUUAAACAAAAAAGCCAUUUGAAUAAACAUACAUUUACUCACACUGGCGCAAAACCAUACGCUUGUGAUACGUGCGGAAAAAAAUAUAAACAUAAAAGCUAUUUGAAAACGCAUGCAUUUAUUCACACUGGUGAAAAGCCGUACGCAUGUGAAGUAUGUAAAAGGCAGUUUUCGAACAGUGGUUCUUUAUUUGCUCAUAAACAAGAACAUACGGGAGAAAAGGCUUUUCCGUGUCACGUUUGUAGUAAACCGUUUUCUAGUGGGGCUCGUUUAAAAAUGCAUAUGAGGAUGCACACUGGCGAAAAGCAGUAUUCAUGCGAAAUUUGUAAAAAGCAGUUUGCGUAUUCUAACAGUCUGACAAUACACAAACGGAUGCAUACAGGGGAAAGGCCAUAUUCGUGUGAGUUUUGUGAAAAACGGUUUAAGACUUCGGGUUAUUUAGGCAUACAUAGACGGAUCCAUACUGGAGAAAGACCGUAUAUGUGCGAGAUAUGUUAUAGGGAGUUUUCGGAUUCUGGACACUUUAAGGAACAUAAACGGACCCAUACCGGCGAGAAGCCUUACUCGUGCAACGUCUGUGGAAAGCAGUUUAGGCGCUCAGAGCAUUUGCGUAUGCAUGAGCGAGUUCACACUGGCGAAAAGCCUUACUUUUGCGAGAUUUGCGAAAAACGAUUUGCGUAUUCGCAAAGUUUGCAUAAUCAUAAACAAACUCACAAAGAAAAAUCGUAUUUGUGCAAAAUAUGCAAUGAAAAUUUUUCACAAUUGAGAGACUUUAAAAAACAUAAAAGGAUUCACAUGAAGCGUGAUUUUACAUGUGAAAUAUGUUACAAAUCGUUUACCCGUUUGCUCCAUCUGGAGACGCAUAAACGUAUUCAUACUGGCGAGAAGCCUUAUGCAUGCAAAAUUUGUGACAAACAGUUUUCCCAAAAAGGUCACUUGAAUGUGCACUCUCAAAUUCAUAGUGACAAAAGGCCAUACGCUUGUGAAAUAUGUAAUAUGCGGUUCAAGGAUUACGGUUACUUGUUAAAACACAAACGAAUCCACACCGGCAUAAAGCCCUAUUCUUGUGAAAUUUGUGGAAAAAAGUUUUUGGAGAAAAACAGUUUGAUCACUCAUAACAGAAUACACAGUGGUGAAAAGCCGUAUACGUGCUACAUAUGCAAGAAAUCAUUUGCACAUGCACAUACCUUAACUAUGCACAUACGGCUCCAUACCGGCGAAAUGCCUUAUAAGUGCAAAGUUUGUAAAAAGCAGUUUUUAUGUUCGUCUGCUUUGUCUUCUCAUGAACGGACUCACUCUGGCGAGAAACCAUAUUCGUGCCAAGAUUGUGGCAAACGUUUUGCGCACUCAUCAGCGCUUGUAAUACAUAUUAGACGGGCUCAUACCGGUGAAAAGCCCUAUUCUUGUGAAGAUUGCAGCAAAAGCUUUGCGGAUGCAAGUAGUUUGGGUAAACAUAGACGGGUCUGUACGGGUAAAAAUCCGUAAAAAAAUUGUUAUGUGAACUUUAUAAAAAAUGGUUUCGUAGUCGUGAUUUUUUUUAUCAUAAUCGAUACACACAACAGAUAGCAUUUAUUACAAUGAAAUAAAGUAGACAAGGGAAUAUUGGUUUUGGUUGGGAAUGCUAUCUCAUACAUGUAUGUGUAUGUACAUACAUAUAUGUAUAUUCAACUUGAAAAACAUAUAAAAGCGAAAACUAAAAUUACACUAAGCGCCACUUGCACCAUCCUACUAACUCGGGGUUAAUCGGUUAAACCGUUAACCCCAUGUCAAAUGGUACUGGUAACCAUGGUAACCAGGUUUAACCGGAUAACCCUGGGUUAUUGAAUGGUGCAAGUAGCCCUAAGUUGACUAAGCGCACCAUCCCACCAACCCGGGGUUAACCCGUUUACCCGUAAGAUUGUACUGGUAGCCAUGGUAACUCCAAGUUUAACCGGUGAGCCCGGGUUAGUAGAAUGGUGCAAGUGGCGCGUAUCCCAAAAUUAAAAACAAUCGUAUUUAAACAAAAGGACGAAUUCGAGUUUUCGCCUGUUAUAUUAUAUAUUUCCUCAUUCUUUUUGGACAGUGCGUGUUCUGAGAUAAUUUAUGAUGUGUUUCUCAUAGUCAUAGUUUUUUCUUUAAGUUUGAUGAGCUAUUUAAUACUUUAUUAAAUUGUCUUUUGUUUAGUUUUUUUAUUUGACCGCACUUUGAGGUCUUAGAGUAUUUAAUAACUGGAGUUGCCUUUAAGAGCGUACCCCUCUGCCAAAAAAACUUGCACAAUUAUGCAAUCUUUUGUAUGGACUGACAUAGCCAUGUACGUUACGUACAAAUCAUGUAGAAAUAGCGAUACAUUUGACGUCCCCUCCCCCGCAAAAAUCGGCAGACUGUUUCGUACAGGAAAUGACAGCCAUGACUACAUGCUCUAAGUUUGAGGUAGUUAGUUACCUACAUGAAAUUUCCACUUUUGUAUAUUUGCCAUUUUUACAGAUAUUUGUCUCUCAUAGCAAAACCUCAGUCACAGUUUAGAUUGGAGAGACUUCCUGACUACCCAAGACAAAUUCCAGUUACCAUCAUAAAGAACAAAACUCUGCGUAGAUGGCGUCACUAGCAUACUCACAAGGCCUACCGCGAAACACGAAAAUCGAAUAUUCGGUUCUGGUGCCUAUCUAUCCUCUCGCUUAUUCGAUCGAUAGAACGGCAGAUAACGAAAUUUCGAUAAACAAACCGCCUUGGUGCAUCAAUGUCAUAGUGAAAACUUGUCAAAAAACUGUUUAAGGCCUAGUAUGUAUAAAUAAGUAACUCUAUGGUUAACUGGGUGCGCUAGUGCUGCACUCUGGCGGCAG